UUGCAGAUGGUAUUGCUCAUCGUAGCUAAAUUUAAUUUUUGAAACAAAGGUCUCGCUUAAAAAAGGAAAACUAAGAAAACGAAGAAAUCAAAGAAACCUAGUGCUACUCGGAACAAAGGAUCACAACUUCGAAAAUUUAAAGAAACCAAAUGCAAUAACUAAAUAUAAAACCAAAUAAGUAGGCAAAGUGUUUAAUAGCAGUGCUAUAAUAAUGGACCAUCUGGAUCUUGCGGGCUAUCAUGACAACUCAUCCCCAAAUUGUAACAGAUUAGGCGCAUUUGAUCAGAAAGAUGGCGUCUACUUGUCCAGCUCACAACGAAUGUUAGAGCCUAUCUUAGAGGAGACCAGCGAGGACGAGGAAAGUUCGCAAGGCAGCCGGUGUGGCUACCAAAAACACAGAUCAACACUUUGGAGCUCAAUGGACUCUGAAGCGGCCUCAGUGAUACGCAUAAAUGUGAUCAAGGAUUUAUAUGCAAUGCCUAAGCGGGACAUUGCAUCCCCGGAUCCUAUUCACAGUCCUGAAGAAAACGUACAACUGCGUGGGCUUCUCAAUCCAGAGUCCCAUAUUAGCAUUGAAAGCAUUCUGGUCACAGAGACAUGUGUUCGUAGCACCAGCGAAAGCCAGGGGCAGAGGAGCGACUCACGCAUUCGGCGAGGAUACACUUUUGAGGACUUUUAUUUCGAAAAUGACUCCUACCACUCUCUCUCGCGGAGCUCCUCCCUGGUGCAGUUCGAGUCCCUUGAAAGACAAUUUAUGCUCAAGGAGCAACACCACAGUAUGAACAGUCUGGGCAACAGCUCACCGUCGCUCACCUACGAGAUUGGUGCCUCAAGUCGUACUAUUGAUAGCAAUCCGGAAAGCAACAAGGGAUCGGCUUCUUCGCUGUCCCUGAUAAAGCGGUUUGAAUCUAGCGACUGCAGUUACCUGCAUCAAACAUACUAUGAGCUGAACAAGCUCAAAUUUGAGACCCAACAGUCGCGAGACUUUCUCUCCAACGACCUGCAUAAAAAGGAGCAGAAACCUAACUCCGAAACCAGUUCCAGUUCCAGCUCUUCCAGCAAUAGAAGCAGUCCCAGCUGUAGCUCGUGUAUGGCCAGUGUAGGCGCGCGGACAACUGAAUCCGUAACUGGAGUACAGGACAUCACUGCCGCGCGGAGAAUACCGCCCAACAUGACAGACAAAAUCUCGGAAGAUUCCGGCUACUGCGAGCGAAGGACGCAUCACAAAAAAUCUAAAUCCAUACCAAAGAAUUUUGACAAGUUUUUCAAAGAUGAGACCCUGCUCAAACUAAAAGAGGCCCCACCGCAUUCGCGCAACUUUAAUGGAGAGUAUGAUUUUUACCAGCCCAAAAUAGAGCAAGCCAUGAACACGGUCACACACACAGUCAAACACACAACUAUUUGCUCUUCAUCGACGUCUAUUAAUAGUUCACCUGAAGGGGCCGGGUAUCAAUCGGAUUCUGCUUGGUCGCUGUCAUCGACGUCGUCUUCCACCAUGUUCACUUGGCUUCACAACAGUUUGCCCGACAUUCGCGAGUCGCAAGGUCUACUUGCGGUCGGAAUCAUCAAAAGGGAAUCUAAAAACGCCGCUUCCAUUAAAAACAGCAUCAGCCGGAGCCCCAGUUCCAUUGACGGCUGCGACGGCAAGCGGCAGCUUGAGCAGAUCAGCCGUAGUUCAAGUUUUAAAGAUCCCGCAAGAAGUAAAGUUGGUGAGGCAAGUUUACAAUAUUUUAACGCCAGCUACCAGAAUCUCUCGCUUUUAGACUAUAAGGAUAAGCGGCCAGCGCGAGAGCGUCUAAAUCAUAAUUACAAAAAAAGGCAGGCAGAAGACAUGUCGGACAGAAACAGCGUUGAUGAACCAUACUGUGAGCAACCUGAUCAAUUAAUUUGCAGGGAAAACUUUUUGUUGGAUGAGAUCAGCAAGAUAUACGAUAAAAAUGUGUGUAUAUUAACGGAUAAGCGAGCUUUAGAUUACCGAUUUUCUUCGCCAGGCUAUUGCGAUUCAAAUACAUCCGAUAUAAUGUUAAAAGUGCACCACGUACAACUUAAUCCACCUCCGCUCCAAAAGCGCUCUGCCCAAAAUCUGUCCUUUAAUAAAAACGUUACAAAAUUCAACGAGGACCAAACCAAUUUGCGCUCAACUUACGCCCAAAGCCUGGACCAGUGCCACUUUGACAUGCAAUGGGAGGCCAAGGCGGGCCGUUACCAGAUCAAAAUGCAGAAAUCGGACGCCAAAAAAAACAGCCUGGUCAGCAGCACGCCAAAUCUUUCGGCUUUUGACAGCCGACAGGAAGCGGAGGUCGAAAUCUACGUAAGCAAUACUCACACUUCGAUGCAGCAUUUGUCGCAGAAACCAACCCAAUCAAACCCGCUAAGUAUUCUGCUGUCAGUCGGAUCGCGCCACUCCCUCGAAAAGGAGGUAAGCUUCUGCCCAGUGGUAAGCAAGUACUCAUGGAAGAAGCAGUUUGCCGAGGAAUCGACCAAGGAUCACUCCAGUGAAGACAAACUAGGCCCUUCGAGCUAUGAGCAAUUUAUCGUGGACAAUGCGGACGCAUCUGUAGUGCACAACUCCAAGGAGAACAAGAAUGUCGCCCCGUUCUUCGAACACGAAAAGACGCAACUUUUAAGGAAGCAGGCAGUCCCACAAGGGACCUUCUCAUCUGCACAUGCAACGAAUUAUUAUUCUUCAUUCAAAAAGUGCAUUAGCAGCGAAAAUGAAACAAAUAAUAACUCACCCGAUUGCCUUGAUCAAAAGCCCGAAUCUUUUACCGCUCCGAAACUCGAGUUUGUAUUGAGCAACCCAGUCAGUCUUGAACGUGGUGUGGUCGCAAACCUGUCGGUAUGCGAGGAACAUCCCAAUACAUCCACAUAUACUGAAAAGGCACGACUUCUCAGCCUGCCAUUCCUCAGCAAGCCGCCGACCAACCGUGCCUAUAACAUCUUGUACGCCUCCCAGCACAUGCUGGAAAGUUACGAGACGGAGAAUCGUCAAAUUCAAAACAUGCCGCUGGCCAGCGCACCCACUGCCGCCAGAGCAGAUGAAAAACACUCAGGCGCCAAAGACUUUCUCUCCAGGUUCACCAAUGGACUGGUCUUCUCGCUUCGGCGCAAAAAAAAGGGGCAAAGGGACCAUAAGGCCGAUCCCAAAAAACCCCUUGUUAACAAAACGACGUCUAAAAAAGACCCAUGUACAAGCACGGACAAAGGCGGAUUGGAAUUUGCGCACGUCCCUUUUUUACGGCCGCCAAGAAUACCGAUCGAUGCAAACCAAUUGGACGAUAGCCGGAUCGCCUGCGAAAAGAAGACUACCAAAGAGCUAAGCCGCCAGCAGCCAGAACAGCUGGUCCAGACCUCAACCUUUCAAAAGGUGACCGCCAAGCCGCCGCUGCCCAAGCUGCCACCCCGUUGUGGCAUUCUAGCCAAUGCUAUUUAUAGCACAGACGACUAUAUGACCGACGAACGCGAACAGCACAAACACUUUGCCGACCAGUUAACGGAGGGUAUAAAAGUGUCAAGUAUGAAGGACAUCGAGUCGACUUCGUUAACAAACCUCACCCGUUUAAGAACGAUGAAACCCACCUUAGUCACUGACGUAACCGUGUCUGUUUCUCCUGUAGAAGCGGUAGGCAAGAUGGGUCUGAUAGAGACCAAUCUAGAUACUCAUGAAACAGCCAUUUCGGGAAGGACUCGUUCCCUUAUGGACAUACAUUUUCACGCACAUCCGCACAAGCAACAGAACGUAACCAGGGCCUAUGACAUGGAUAUAAUGGGUGGCCAGGCUAUGAAGUCCUCGACAGGUAGUUGUGUUGUCGAAGUACCAUCUUUUCGUAGGCCGCACAAAAGCAUGGACUUUCUGCUUAACAAGGAUAACCACAAAAAUGUUUCGCCUAUCGAAAACGAACUGCAGAAGUCGCAUGACUCCAGUCCUGCCGACUUGAGCGAGCAACAACUGCGCGUCCAGGCGUCGCUUCAGCGCCUCAAUAUUCCAGAUUGGUUUCGCGAUUACAAUAAAGAGACCCGAAAGUUACCAUUUGAAGGCAAUGACUCCACAAACUCAAAUUCAGGGGGACUUCAAUCUGUCAACUUUACCCGCAAGUGCACACAGGAGCCAGGACGUUGGCUGGGGCUUAACUCAAAGACUACCUCUCUUAGUUCGCUGGGGUCGGAUCGAAGUCCUCUUCUGAUGAUUCCGUCAGCGCAUAGCCAUCACGACGGUCAUAACACCUUUCUAUGCCGCCCGACCGCAAGUCACGGCCCAGCUUCUGGACAGGCUGGCUUGAGUGCCUUGCGCUGGUCCACCUUGCACCUCAGCUCCACUCACACGUCACCAUGUGUCUCGCAGCGCGGAAGCUUUGCACGCGGAUCCUACAUUAAUAGCAGCUUCAUGACCGUAGCUAGCAGAAGCGGUUUGCGAAACUCAUACCGACAGCCGUACUUUGGGUGGCGCAGCACAGAAAAACUAACACAUUGGACACCCCAUGAACGUCUCGCAAACUCGCUGAUCGCCCAUCGGACAACGCAGUACCCCACUUGUGCAUCCAAUGAAAAGAGAAUUGUUCAGUCUGAAACGCCUGAGAUUCAAAGCUCAAUAAAGGAGGUGACAUCCUCAAUCGUUCGCUACGUAAACGACCAGCAUAAUAUCCAGCAAUCACUUAGUCCAAAUUCAAGGAAAUACUGGCUGGAGAGUAGCUUUGUAAGCUCGCAACCCCUGGAUUCACCGCAAACACCCGUGGUCGACAACAGCCCCCCCGAAUUAGCACGCCAACAACAACAGAUAGAUGCCAGUCUUUCGUCGAUAGUCGUCACAGAACAGCCUUCUCUUCGCAUGAACGCACACAUUGGGGGUGGCGAACCAAUACCUAAUAAAGCACCUGAGCGAUUGUUAAGCAGCGCCUCGCUAGAAGAUGUCCUAACCUCGCUUUUAGGACUACCAACUACCUCCUUUUCCAGCCAGAACACCAAUCUCUACAGCUACAACAUACCAAAUGUGUCUUCGCUGAAAACAGAGACGCCGUAAGGUGCGUACAGAAGAAGCUAUUGCUACUGUAGAGCGUAGCAUUGAGGAAGAUCCGAAUGAGUCCAUCCGCCAUCGAGCACAGGAACUGGAUCUGUGUCCAUUCACUUUAUGAAAGAUUUGGCGGAAGGAUCUUGGCUUGCGUGCUUACAAAAUCCAACUGGUGCAAGAAUUGAAGCCAAACGAUUAUCAAGCAAGGCGUAGAUUCUUCGAAUGGGCCCAAAACAAGAUUGUCGUUGUUCCCGAUUUUCAUAAGCGAAUUUUGUUUAGCGAUGAAGCGCACUUCUGUUUGAAUGGCUAUGUCAACAAACAAAACUACCGCAUUUGGAGUGAAGCUAAUCCUCAAGUGUAUGUCGAAACACCGUUACAUCCAGAAAAACUGACUUUUUGGUGCGCUUCAUGGGCUGGUGGAAUCAUUGGUCCGUACUUCUUCAAAAACGAUGACGGCCAGAACGUUACAGUCAAUGGUGAUCGGUAUAGAGCCAUGAUUUCAUUCCUGAAUUGAACAGCCACUAUUUCCAGGAGCUCUGGUUCCAACAAGACGGCGCAACAUGUCACACAGCUCGCGCCACUAUCUAUUUGUUGAAAGACACGUUUGGUGACCGCCUAAUUUCACGUUUUGGACCUGUAAAUUGGCCUCCAAGAUCUUGUGAUUUAACACCGCUAGACUACUUUCUGUGGGGCUAUGUAAAGUCAUUGGUCUAUGCCGCUAAGCCACAACCGCAUGACCAUUUGGAAGACAACAUUCGCCGAUAUACGGCCGCAAAUGUUGGGAAAAGUCAUCGAAAAUUGGACGUCCAGAUUGG